CCUAGGAGCAAGUGUAGUCAUUUGUUCCACCUCAUAAACAAAAUGAAAACCACACCCUCUAGCAACCUGAGUUUAUAGCAACCCUGUGUAUGGUAUCCAUAGAGGAAAGACCUAUUGGCAGAUAAAGAUUUUUGUCACCAAAAUCCCAUCUCUGGUUCUUUCUUUGAUCCUCAGUCAUUGCUUACUCAGUACUGGGCAAGGAUCCUGGUCCUUCAGCACCGACUGUAUGAACACAUGGAUCUUAGGAGUGCCAUGGAGAGUGAGAACAUAAGCACCCUCCGAGAACAGGUCCAGUGCCUCACCAAUGAAAAUGUGCAGCUGCAGGAUAGGAAUGAAAGACUGUACGCAAAGCUUGGAGAUCUGCAGGAGAAGAUGGGGAAGCUGGUUGGUUCCAAAACAGACUUGUCAUCCAGAUUGGUUUUCAGUGAGGAGGAGAAACUUAAGAUUUCUAAGGACCUCGUUGAUCUCCAGAUCGAGACAAACAAAAUGAGAGAGCAGUAUGAGGCAGAGAACUUUGAACUGAAAAAUAUGAUACUGACCCUGGAAAACCGUAUUCUGGAAUUGGAGCUCCAUGAUGAGAAGGUCACUGGGGAGCAUGAUGCCCUACAGGAACGCCUGCACACUGUGGAGACCAAUCGCAAGGAGCUGGCUGAUGAAUACAUCAUUCUGAAAAGCAAUUAUAUGGCCCUGGGCAAAGAACAUGAACAGGAGGUUGCUAAGAAUGAAGAGCUGAGCAUAGAGCUGCUAAACCUGGUCAACACCAGGAGCUCCCUUCCUCAGUCAUGGAGUAACUACUCCCCAUCCCAAGCACUGGCCAAUGAAACCUCGGCCGAGCUGGAAAGGGUGCGGGCUGUGGUCCACCGCCUCUCUGCCCGGAAAGUGAAGCUGGAAGAUAUAGUUGCCUCUGAACACGAACGUCGAAAACUGGAGAGACAUUUGCUUGGAAACCAGGAUCACAUAAAAGCUGAGAUUGAAAAGAUGAAGCAAACGUACGACUCUCAGCAACAGAAGCUGGAACAGAGAGCGGUGGCAAUGGGGAAGGAGCUGCAACAGGCCAAGAGAGAGAUUCGCAAUACUCAGCACAAACUGGUGGAGCAGUCAGUGGUGCUGCUUACCUCUCAGAGCCAGCUCAAAGAGGUGGAGGUUGAGAAUUCCCAACUGCAACUUCAGCUGAAGGAACUGAAUGAAGAAUAUCGCUGUCGUCUUACUCAGUACAUCAAGGACCUGGCGGAAUAUAUGGACAGCAAAUCAAAUGCUUCUAAGGGGCCUAACAAAGUACCAGCUGACCAUGCUUACAUGAAGCGCUUUGUGGAUGACAUGCUGAAGGACAUCCGGGCUGCCCAUAAAUCUCGGGAGGAGCAGCUGGCUGGAGCUGUGCGUGGUUACAAGAAGCGCAUGCAGAACCUUGUCAAGAGACAUGAAAACCUGCUGAUUGCUUAUAGGAUGCAGCGUGAGCAGAUCCAGUCUCAGGGCAGCAGCGAGAUGGACCCAGGCCCUCCUGAGUUCCAUUUCACCAUCACAGAUUCUGAGCUACUGACAAGCACAACCCAGGAGCUAAACCAGCUGCGAGAGGACAAAGCAAAACUAGAGAGACAGCUGCAUGAACUGCAGGAAAAGAAAAGACUGAGUGAAAGCUCUGCGCUAGGACCAUCUCUUCACCACCAGCUGGAUGAGAAGGGCUGGGCAGAGAUCAGGAAGCAGCUCCAGGAGUUCACACAUACCACACAGGAGGAUCUGGAGAAGGAGAGAAGCCAGCUGCUGACUCAGGCAAUUGUGGCAGAAGAGCAGGUGCUGGAGCUGCAGGAAUAUGUAGAUAAGCAUCUUGCAAGGUACAAGCAGGAGAUCCUGAGGCUAAGGAAACUUGUAGGGAGCGAGGCACCCAUAGCAUUCAGUGCUGGGGCUUCUGAUCCUCACUUAAUGCAGAGAUCCAAAAAGACCACCUGUCAUGAACUGUAGCUUCUGCCAUGGCCCUGACAAGCAGCAGUCAUUAGUUCAUCAUAGGAAAGACAAGGACGUAAAACUGAGUGGCUGCCUGGCUGUAAUAUUCAGUGCUCUGUCACACCAAGAGAUAAUCCACUCCAGCAAGUGCUCUUCAUACUUGGGACCUCUUACUAAAGGACUAGGACUUGCUGCGAAGGAAAUCAGCAGUAUACAUUUGACCCUACAGAGGUAAAUACAUUUACUAAAAUCAGAUCAAAAUUCAGUGCUUUGUUCCCCCUUUAUCUUGUUUUGUGAGGCUUCCUUCCCUCCAGCAGGCCAAAAAGAUUUCCUUUUCAUUGCAGAAAUGCUCAGUAGCUGCAGAGCAACAUUGCUGGUACUUCAGGGUGGUGCAGCACCACACUGGGUCAAACCAUCACCAAAUCUUUGUCUACUGUGAAGCUGGUGGACUCAGCUUACUAUGCACCUGAAUUAACAGGUUCCCUUCACCUUCUGCUAGACAGUUGCCUUUAGCAUUGUAACAGCUGCAAAGUGCUGUGCUUCACUGGUGCUAACUUCCACCACCUUGCCCCUGUCUGAGCUGGAGAGUAGAGGUAGGAUUCAGGUUAGGAGUUGAGCUCAGCUGCUCUUAUGCACAGGGCACUGAGGAGACUUUACACUCUGCACUCAUGGUAAACUGUUCCAUGGAGAAGGACCUGCUGGGUGGUGAUUAUGUGAGGAGGACCUACAGGGAAUUGAUUACACUGGUCUACAAUUUUUGAGAAGUCGUCUGCUUCAGAGAUAAAAUGUGCUAUUUAUUAUGUAUUUUGAU